AUGUGGUUCCAGGGCAUCAGAUCAGGGCAAAGGGGGCAAACACUCCUCAGGCAGUUUCGAACGCUGUCAUUCCUUCAACCCCUGGCUUCCACCGUCAAGAGUCAGGAUCGCCUCUCCCAGCGGCCACACCCGCUAAGAUCCUGGGAGAAGUGCGGAGCGCUGCACGGGGUACGGUUGGGGAAUGAUUGCAUUCCCUCCAUCACGCAGGUCCUGCACGCCAGGCAAGGACGAGACGCUCUGAGGCCUGACGCUCGAUCGCGACAACCACCAGGCAGAGGCGGACGCCACCCCGCGGUCCUCGCCCCUGCGCCGCGUCGCCGGGCCCCUAGGGCCCCCCAACCACCACCACCACCCCCCGCCCACCCGGAAGCCCGCCCGGCUCACACCUGCCGGCGCGUGACGCAGGAGCCGCGCGUGCCCGCCCGCGCUCCCGUCCCCACCCAGCCACUCGUGGCGCCCCGGCACGCGCACCAAACGUCGCCCCGCGUCCCUCGCAGUCCCUCGCCUCACACAGACCAGACGCCGGCCAGGCGUACUCCCUCGGCCUCCCCGCCCCCUUCCCGGCCCGCUCGUGCCGCGCGAACUAACACGCGAGGGCGCGCACACGCCGCACCUCAGCGGGCUGGGCCGCGCCGCGCGCCCCCGCGGACGUCCUCGCCCACCCUGGGCUGCCCUACUCAGACUGGGCGAAGCGCGGGGGAGGGGAAGGACGGCUUAGUCCCGGUCUUCACUCACCGCCGAGCCGCGCCGGCUCCGAGUGCGCGGUGUUUCUCUGUGAGACGAGGCGAUGCGCGCAGUCCCCGCUUCUCCGCAGGCUAUGGAGGCGACGUCGCAGGGGCACUGAGGGGCGAGGGGGGGUCACUCCCUCCCGUUUCACCUUCCAGAAGCAGGGGGACCCCAGAAACUAAAAACAAAAUAAACAAACUUUCCCCUCCGCCUCCCUCCCCCAAAACCACAACACAAACACUCGAGGGCCCGCCCAGGGCCCCACUCCAUUGGCCGCAGGGAGGAUGCCUCCGGCUCUCAAUGGCUAGUUUUUGUGCCCGUCAAGCUGCUGUUCCUCCCCUCCAAUUCCGCGCCGCUGCCGUAGCCCCUCACUGGCUAAAUGCUUCCCGUUUGACGAGCUAG